AUGGAGAAGGUAGUAGAAGCAUGUAUCAGUUCAACAAACGUUACGCCUCACUGGCUGCCAAGCGGAAAUGCAUUCUGGUACAAGCAGAGCUACGAGCCAGGCAAACAUCAGUUCUUCCUUGUCAAUAUUAUUAAAAAAAGCCGAGAGCUUGCAUUUGACCACAAGUUGCUCGCCGAGGUUCUACGACAAAAAACAAACGAGGAGGUCAACGACCUGGCCCUGCCAUUUGCCUUUGUUGAACCUGUACCCGAGGAAUCAUGCAUUCGAUUCCGUUUUGGUAAUCGUAAAUGGCAAUUCGGGCCAGACGACAAACUUGAAGAGUGGGAUGGUGACUUUACAACAGAGCCAGAGGGCCUACUCCAGAAAGAAGUCCCUUCCUCGCAUAGUCACACCGACGUCACGGUUGAUUUCGUAAACCGGACUGGAAAGACGCUCAAGGUGUCUUGGAUCAACUGGGAUGGGAAGCCUGUAUACUACAGGACAAUCAAGAACGGUCAGACGAAGCGUCAGCUUACCUACGUGGGCCACAUUUGGCGACUCGUAGACGUCUCAGAUGAGAAGUUCCGGGCAGUCUAUGCGGCACCUGACACAGGCACUCAUGCCGCUAUCAUUGAGGAUCUUAGUGACUCCAUUCCGGAAGCAUCACCGUCUAGUGAUGAUGAAAAGUCUGAGGCUGAUGAGGACCCUGUCGAAGUCGAGAAUGGUGCCUGCCAUGUCAAAGAGUUCAACCUUUGGUAUAAGGACGACGAUGGCCAAGACGUUCAACUGUCCAAGGAUGGCACUGAAGAGAAUCAGUUUGACAAGAUUCGCAUAUAUCCGUCGCCAGAUGGGAAAUAUGCAGUUGCGUGGCAGUAUACCCCAGCACAAGAUCACAAAAUCCACCUAGUGGAAUCGUCUCCAGAAGAUCAGAUCGAGCCGAAACUCCACACAAAAAAGUACCUCAAGCCGGGCGAUCGUGUAAGAAUAGAUAGACCUCGUCUUUUUGAUCUCAGGAGCCGAAGCGAAGUUCCAACAGACGACACGCUUUUCAAGCACCCCUACAAGCUAAAUCAUCUCAAAUGGGAGGAGAACAGCACAGAGUAUCUCUUCUACUUUAAUGAACGCGGCCAUCGGACUGUCAGAGUCAUAGGAAUCAGCACCGAUGGAAACGUCAGGACAAUCAUCGAGGAGGCAAGCGACACUUUCGUCGACUAUACAAAGUCAUACUACAAAUUCCUCAGUGAGUCGGAUGAACUUCUAUGGACGAGUGAACGGGAUGGAUACAACCACCUCUAUCUCAUUGACAUAACCACUGGCACUAUCAAAACCCAAAUAACAAAGGGAUCCUGGAUGGUCAAUGUCAUAGAGUCUGUGGAUAGAGAUGCGCGCCGAAUAUGGUUCCAGGCUUAUGGACUGAAGGAUAGUGAGGACCCGUACCAUGGGCAUUUGGCCCGAGUCAACUUUGACGGAUCAGACUUUAAGAUUCUCACAGAGGGCGAUGGAACCCAUUCCUGGACAUUAUCCCCUGACAGGCGAUACUUGAUAGACACCUGGUCAAGGGUUGACUCUCCACCUGCAACAGUCCUUCGUGACGGUAAGUCGGGAGAGCAGAUAAUGGAGCUUGAGAAGGGGGACCGGAAAGACUUGGAAGACAAAGGAUGUUCAUUGCCAGAAAGAUUUGUUGCUCCUGGCCGUGAUGGCGAGACUCUCAUUUACGGAAUCAUCGUCCGCCCAGCCGAUUUUGACAGCACCAAGAAGUACCCCAUUCUCAACGAUAUAUACGCCGGACCGCAUGACUUUCACGUCCCCAAAGCCUUCACAUCUCUAUCGCGUGAACGACUAUGGGCCGAUAAAGGCUAUAUCGUAGUAGAGAUCGACGGAAUGGGCACAGACCGGCGUAGCAAAAGAUUCCAUGAUGUCUGCUACAAGAAUCUCCACGACUCAGGUCUUCCAGACCAUAUUGCCUGGUCAAAGAGUGCAGCAUCAACUCGGCCAUGGAUGGAUUUAUCUCGUGUAGGGAUCAUGGGCGGCUCAGCAGGGGGUCAGAAUGCCGUGGCAGCAAUGCUUCAUCAUAGUGACUUCUUUAAAGCAGGCAUCGCAGACUCAGGGUGUCAUGAUAAUCGCAUGGACAAGAUAUGGUGGAAUGAGCUGUGGAUGGGAUACCCAGUCGAUGAAGCAUAUGAGAAGUCGUCCAACAUUACGCACGCUUCCAAGCUUAAAGGUCCGCUGAUGUUGAUUGUUGGAGACGUUGACAAAAACGUUGAUCCAUCCUCAACGUUUCAGAUGGUGAAUGCUUUGAACAAGGCAGGUAAGAAUUAUGAGUUUCUAUUGAUUCCUGGGGGUGAGCAUUGUAGUGGUGGUGGGAAGUAUGGUCUUGCUCGUCAAAGUGAGUUCUUUAAGCGGAAUUUGCAACAACAAUCAUCAUUUCGAGUAGAUUUGUAUGAUGAUUCUGCUCAAGACUGA